AUGAGGGGCACCGGAGCACAGCACACUGAAACACUCCACCCUCGUGGGGCUACGGACAGCGGCGGCGGCGGCGGCGAGCGUGACUGCAUCGCGGACCCUCCUCGGCUCGCGUCCGGCGGCGAACUGCGUCACGCUUGUGGCGCGCUAGUGCGCGGCCACGCACAUUCUGCAACGCAGGCGACCGGCUGGCACGCGCAUGGCGCGCUGCAGCCUCGCCACGUAACUGAAAGUGGAUUUAAUUCUGUUUCAGCUGCUGAGCUGCCAGUCCGCCGUAUUCCACACAGCGGACCCCUGAGGAAGUUUGGCCUGCAGCACGGUCGCAUCACCGGUGGCUCAGAUGCUUCCCUAGGCCAGUUCCCGUACCAGGUGUCCCUGCAGUGGGUGCAGCUGGGGCUGGGGUCCCACAUGUGUGGCGGAUCCAUCGUGAGCGCCAGCACCGUCGUCACCGCAGGCCACUGCGCCGACCCCCCCUACAUCGGACACUACGAGGCCGUGGCUGGUAUCAACUCACUGUACUCCAACGGCCAGAGGGCGCGCGUAUCCCAGCAGGUAGUGCACCCAGACUACGCGGACGUUGAUAAUGUCGCCAUCAACGACAUCGCCGUCUUCCUGCUGCAGUCCAGCUUUUCUCUGAGCGGCAACGUACAGGCCAUCUCGCUGCCCACCGCUGGAUCCGUCCCCAGCGGUAAGUCAAUUCUGUCCGGCUGGGGCAGCAUCAGCACGGGUAUCAUACCCAACUACCCCAACAUCCUGCAGUGGGUCGAUGUCAGCAUCAUCAACAACACCGAGUGCGCGGAGCUGCUGGGCGACAGCCCGCUCAACGAUGAGAACAUCUGCACCGGCCCCGUCAACGACGGCAUCUCCGCCUGCUCGGGAGACUCCGGCGGACCGCUGGCCCAGGACGGAGCCCUCAUCGGAGUCGUGUCUUGGGGCAUCGUGCCCUGCGGCUCUACUGGAGCGCCUUCCGUCUUCACCAGGGUGUCUGCUUUCUUGGACUUUGUCAACCAGUACGCCUGA